GUUACCACCAGGUAAUAGUUAAUAAGUCACGAUAUUCAAAACAACCUGGAACCUUAAGUCCCCCGCUCCUGCAUCAACUUACGUCACCUCUUCUCUCUUCACCACACACUCAUCCCCGACAAAGUGAUCCCUCCACCAUUCCGAACAAGGCCAGAAUAGAACCUCGACCAUAACACAUAUCUUCUCGGCAGUCCGACUACUUGGCAACCAUACACACCUGUUACACCUGUUACACCUGCGAGCGCUGAUUAUGGCGGAGGGACAGAGUGUGGAAGAGCUUCAGCGACUCUUGCGAGAGGCGCAGCAGCGCACCGAGGAACAACGGCAGCGCGCUGAGGAAGAACGGCAGCGCGCUGAGAAAGAACGGCAGCGCGCUGAGAAAGAACGGCAGCGCGCUGAGAAAGCAGAGCGAGAGACCCGGCCGACCACCCUCACCGAAUAUCUUGCCGCCUGCCAUACUUUAGUCUUCUCCCGGUUUUCCGUCGAGACAGAUCCAAGGUUUUCCUCUAAAGGUCCCAUCACCAACCCUCGAGACAAAUGGUGCCCUACCCAACUUCAGCCGUGGUCCGAUUUCCUCGACGAGCAGAGGUCUAUUUUCGAUACUCUUAACAGCACCUUCCCACUUACGAGGCGCGCCUUCGAGAACAAAAGCUUUCUAGCCGCGUUAGGGGACAGGUUUGCGAACAAAAAAGUCGCGGACGAGAAGACACUCGAAGGUUUCCUUCACAUCAGCGUGGAAGAUCCGGUCAGGAUUAUCAUGGGGCAGCUCAAAGACGUUCCGGAGGCAUCCAGAACCUUCAACAUCGGCAAUGGAAUCAUCUUUGAGAACCACCCCCAUGCGAUCAGCAAUCUCGCCGAGGAAGUGGUGGAGAGGGAGUCUCCAUCAACGCGGCCACAGACACCCGACCAGGGGUAUAACAUCCAUCAGCUACGCGCCGAUCAAAUCUGCGUCUACCGAUCCGACAGUGCACAAGAAGAAAGGCGCACCAUGAUCUAUGUCUGCGAAUACAAGCCGCCUCAUAAAUUAACAGCUCCCCACCUCCGUCUUGGUCUGCGCCCCAUGAAUAUCUACAAGGAUGUUGUCAACCGGAGGACAAUCCCAACCUCGGUCGAUCCAGCCGCCCAAUUCCGAUACCACGCAGACAAAUUGACCGCAUCUGCGGUUACCCAAACGUAUCACUACAUGAUCGAGGGUGGUCUGGAGUACGGUCUCCUGACGACUGGCGAGGCCAUCGUCUUCCUCAAGAUCGACUGGGAUGAUCCGGGGACGUUAUACUACCAUCUCACCGAACCUGGCCCCGAGGCGUUGGCACGCCCGAAUCAGGUACACCUUUGCACCGCCGUCGCUCAGUACUUGUCUUUUACCCUCAUGGCCAUGGCAGGGCCACGUGAACAUGGGCAGGAAGAGCGCCAGAGGGCAACACAGAACCUGCGCACCUGGGCCGUUGACUUUGAAACGACGAUACGAUCUAUACCUGAAAAUGAACGGACGGCGUCAUCCGAUGCUGACUUCAUUCCCGGGCCUACCACAUACGAACAUGUUGACCGAUCACCCGUCAUGAAUCGUUUAAGGCGCCGCGCCGCUACUCGGGACCAGUGUGACGACAGACCCCUCAACACGGACGGUGAUCCCGGGCCGCCAUGGGAUGAUGAAUCGCCUUGGACGGCACCAGAAACACCCACGCCCGCCGGUCCCCGCAGGAGCCAGCGGGUUCUUGCACAACGGCCGCGCGGAGGCGGAAACCAGAAAGGCGAAGGGCCGGACGAUGCCGAAGUUUCGGCCAACACUGAGACCGGGGUCGAUACUGUCGACCAGCGAGACCGACAGUACUGUUCGCAACAAUGUCUCCUUGGACUGGUGAAGGGCCGAGAGUUGGACCCAGCAUGCCCGAAUGUGAACCUACACCGAAGAAAGUGUCAUCCUGGCCGCCACCCCGUCGACCACGCGGGCUGGCUCGCUCUGCUUCACGACCAGCUUCAACGGUCACUCGACGACGGCAUCGUACCGUUGGGGCACGGCGGCGCCCGCGGGGUCCUGUUCAAGGUGACUUUGCUCGCCUAUGGGUACACGUUCGUCAGCAAAGGCACCGUGAAAGUCUUCAUUCCUGAUCUGCAGCACGAAGAGGCCGUGUACGAGCGUCUUUCCCCGAUCCAAGGCCGGCAUGUACCGGUGUUCCUAGGGGCCGUUGAUCUUCGCCCGAUGAACAAAAUUUACUACUAUGCACACCGCGUCUAUGUGGUGUACAUGGCGUUCUUGUCCUGGGCAGGAUGCAGUCUCACCGAAGCAGUGGCGGCUGGCGUCUCCAAGGACAGGCUGGGCACACUGGCUAUGGAAUCACUACAGGCUGUACAUCGACAGUACGUCGUCCAUAAGGAUGUGCGCCGCGAUAACAUGCUGUUUAGUCGGGAGACUGAUGGCGUUAUGAUGAUUGACUUUGAACGGGCCGCGAUGAUCGAGCCACGUCGUCCACCACUGGGCCCAGUAAUACCUAAUGCAAUCCCUAAUAAACGAGGACGGGCGGAGGAGAGUAGUGAAGCAAAACAUAAAAGGAUUAGACACCAGGACAGGUCAUGGUUGGCUGAAGUUGAGGAGCUGAGAGCUGUAUUUGCUUUCCACGUAUAAAUGCCACGCUCAGGAGGAGAGAGAAGCGUUGUAACAUCGACCUGUGCUCCGAAUUGACCUACAGUCACGCUCUGAUAUCGCCCAUUUUCAUGUUCAUGUCUACCACUUAGUAUAAACCUAGAAUAUAGUAUUACUAAUAUGUAGGAAUGAUGAUAGUUC